AUGGGCCUAGUCGGGAACCUCGAUCUUCCACCUAAUAAAGAACCAUUAGAUUGGAAUACAAGAAUAAAGAUAGCAGCAGAUGUGGCCAAAGGUUUGGAGUAUCUUCAUGAUAAGGCAAAUCCUUCUGCCAUUUAUAGGGAUUUCAAGUCAUCUAACAUAUUUCUGGAUGAAAGGUUUGUUCCAAAACUUUCAGACUUUAGGCUGGCAAAACUUGGCCUUGCUGGAGACAAGUUGCAUGUCUCCACAAGGGUCAUGGGAACUUAUGGUUAUUGUGCUCUUGAGUGUGCUAUGACUGGGCAAUUGACAGUGAAAUUUGAUGUCUAUAGUUUUGGGGUUGUCUUCCUGGAACUUAUCAUUGGACAGGUGCAUCAUUUAGGGAGAGAUUCUUCAGAUCAUGCUCCCCUGGUGCUAUCGGCCAUAACUAGGCUUGACAAUAAGUCAAGAGCGUUCCGAUUUCUGAAUUUUUGGACGUUUAAGCCAGAGUUACUGGAGUUUGGAAAUAUUUUUGAUGCAGUGCAAGUUGCUGAGGAGCGGGCGUCAUUGGCAGAAGCUCUCUUUGACGAUGAUCCCCCUGAGCCGAAGUUGUUAGCAUUGCAAGAAGCUCAAGCGGUACUUAGGAAUGCUUUGUUUGUAAAGGAGGAAUUUUGGAAGCAAAAGGCAAGAGCUAAAUGGUUGCAGGAUGGGGAUAGGAACACAAAGUAUUUCCACUCUAUAGUUGCAAAGGGAAGAGCCAGGUCAAUAAUUCAUCGUAUUAAGGAUGCCAAUAGGGUUUGGUUAACAUAG